GUCUCCUUUCAUUGUAUAUUGACCUGCUGCGUGAGUUCAUGCAGGGCAAAGCUUUCACUUUGUAACAGCUGCUGUUCUUGGUGCUGCCGGCUGAAGCUUGCAACGCAGAAGACAAAACAGAGAGAGAUCUGGAGGAGGUCUAUUGGGUCUUUUGAAGUUUCAUGCCAAAGAUGUCUUCUGUUCUCCGGCCGUCCACGUUCUACCCCAUCCUUUCACUCCGAAUUACAAGUGUGUCUUCUAGGAUGUUGGCAUCACAAGUUGCACCUCUGAGAACUCCUGUUCCGCCGACUCUGCUGACCUUUGAGGACCCGCGGGCGUUCCAGGCGAAGAGCUGGUGGGAGCUCACGCGAGCUCUGGGGGUUUUCAGACUCUGCUCCUUCCCUGUGCUGGUCAAUCACUGUGGUAAGCUCAUGUCAUUUACUCGGACCAUCCUGGGAAAAAGAGCUUUUGCUAUGGCCCUUCGCCCGUUUGUAUACGCCCAGUUUGUUGCUGGGGAAACUGAGGAGGAGAUUGCAGAGUCCAUGGAGAAAAUGAGCUCACUGGGACUGCGCCCCAUGCUGGCCGUCCCCAUUGAGGAGGACCUGGGAGAGAGCACUGGAGAGCAGAGGUACGAUGACAACCUGGCGUCCAUGUUGGAAUGUGUGCGAAUGUCUCACCACAACACGUGGAGCAAAGAUCCCAUGAUGCAACUGAAGAUCACUGCACUGGUCAGCCCUGAGCUUUGUGUAAAGCUGACCUGCCUGCUACAGGAACAGCAGUAUGAUCUGAACCUCUUGGUUAAAGCUAUGGAUGGAGAGGUCAUAGUGUUUCCAGGCCUCAGCGAGAGAGAAAACACACAUUUCCUGUACGGCCUUCGCAGACUAAAUGAAAUAGGAGAGGCGAGUAUAAAUAAAGUCAGGGUUCUGGUGGAUGCUGAAUACACGUAUAUGAACCCUGCCCUCUCCCUCAUCACUAUGGCCAUGAUGAAGAAGUUCAAUCAAGAUGGAGCCUGGAUUUGGAACACCUACCAGUGCUACUUAAAGGAGUCCAGGGAUCUCUUGCUUGAUGCCGUCCGUCUGUCUGUGGAGCAGUCCUUCUGUCUCGGGGUUAAGCUGGUCAGAGGAGCGUACAUGGACAAGGAAAGGAAACUAGCCGACAAGGAGGGACGAGCCGACCCCGUGCACCAAUCCUGGGAGUACACCAAUGACUGCUACAACGGCUCUUUGGAAAUCAUGCUGAACCUCAUCUCUCAGCAUCCCCAGCGCUACAAGAUCAUUGUAGCAACACAUAACGAAGAGUCUGUUAGAAAAGCAGUGACGAGGAUGACUGAGUUAGGCAUCGAUCGAGACGGCGGCGCAGUUUGCUUCGGUCAGCUGUUGGGGAUGUGUGACCAUGUGUCUCUUACUUUGGCUCAGCAGGGUUUCUCUGUGUAUAAGUCGGUUCCGUACGGCUCGGUUGACGACACUUUGCCCUAUUUGGUGCGUCGGGCUCAGGAGAACCGCACUGUUCUGCAGGGCAUCCGCAAAGAGAGAGACCUGCUGCGCCAGGAGCUCCGCCGCAGAGUCCGGGAGAAGAUCACUGGAGCCAAAUAGAUCCAUAUUACAGGGACUGUUCAGAUAUAAAUCAGAUUUACACUGAUUUCUUUACUCCACAUGUAGAAUCAUGUAGCUCUUUUAGCUUCUGCUAAAUAUCUCAGGAAGGAGGGGGGCAGAUAUUAUGAUGAUAUGAUUUUAUGGUGACCUGUUCAGUUUUAACAGCUGUCUAACUUGGCACCUUGCUUUACACAAUUAUUAUUAUUAUUAUUUUUGGUAACAUUGUGUAGCAUUACCUUCAGUAAUCACUACAUAGCAUUAUCAGUAUUUAUCUACAAUCUACACAUUGUACAGUAUUUGUGGACUGAUAUGAGAAAUUUAUUGUAAAUUCCGUCUUAAAUAAAUUGAUUUUGGUUUUAUAAUGAAACAAUCAUUACGUUACUUUUGGCCGACACUUUUAUCCAAAAGACAGACAGGACUUUAUUUUAGGUGCGAAAGAUACAGAAUAAAGAUAUAAUACUCUAUUUUUCGCACUAUAAGGCGCACCAGAUUAUAAGGGAUCAAUAAACGUCUAUUUUCUGCUCUAUUUUCAUACAUAAGGCCCACUGGAUUAUAACGCUCAUUAUGCGACACUAGUAAGGAACAGGGGUGUCGCCAUGUUUUCCUUCUAAUUCAGCAGGUCUCACUGCUGGGUGGCGAAACCUGUAAAGCUAAGCUAAGUUAAGUAAACAAAACUGUAAAAACAAAAAAACAUUUCAACAAGUCUGACAACUCAAACGAGUGCUGUAUGUGAAUAUACACACAUUUUUCUCCUUAAAAAACUGUUUAUUUGGGUGUGUAAAGUUCUUUCGUUUAUUAACAGUAAGCUUAGAAUUCCAGAUUUCCACAAAAGCUGGAGCAUUAGCAUUAGCGACUAACCACUAGCGUGUAAUGCUAAUGCUGCUCCGGGUCUCUGAAUGGCCAAAGAGCUAGCGCUAGCAGCUAAUGCUAAUACUGCUAUCCAGAUAAAUCUCUCCAUCCAGAUAGUGUGAAAAGAAUGUAAAUAAAAAAUAGAUCAUUUAUAACUUACUUGGUAUGUCAAUAUGUAUUUACUUACAAAUUUGUUCAUGAAUUAGUUAGUUAAUCAGCUAAUUUGGCAGGUUUAACUUUGGAUUCCCCAAAAAUCUCAAUAUUUUCACUCUUACUAUUAUUAAAUAAUGUGUUGGUUUUUAAUCAUAUGGUUAAUUAGUAUAUUUAAACAUUACUUACCCUGUAAAAUAUUUAAUUUAUUUAUUUUAAUUAAUUCAUUGAUUAAUUGAUUUACUUUGUACUUUAUGAAAUAACUUGUAAUGUAUGAUUGUAAACUUCUAUUUUUGUAAAAUCAUUUUAUCACAAAAAAAGUACCUGUGAUAUAAUAAAUAAUAUAAAAUAAAUACAAAGAUAAAUAAAUGUAUUACAAAAUAAUGACUUGAUGAUCAUUUCUUGAAUUAAUGAGGUUUAUUUUAGGACAAAAAUAAACGUUUAGGACAAAAAACUUCUACAUUAAAGUAAAUCUAAAUUAGAUAUUAAUCCAGACUAUUUUCACAUGAGCAGUGUUAGUGAAUGUGAAACUGAUUGAGUGAUGUCAUCAUAAAUGCAUGAUAUGCUGGACUGUGAGUGACAGAGCAGAAACGCUGCAGAUCAUCAUGUGAUUUUCAGAUUCUCUCCCUCUUUCCUCUUUUCAUUAUUUAAUGAGCUCAGCUGUUAGUAAAUGUGCUUUAACAGUGUUUUUGUUUAUUUAACACAUUUUCCCUCUUUUUACUUUUUACACCAAAAGGAGUCAGAGAGAGAGAGAGAGAGAGAGGGGAGGAGUGGGGGGUCUGUUGUCAUUAUCACCUGUUCUUUAAUCACCUCCUCCCCUCACCAACACCAUGCCUCAUCACCCCUUUCAGCACCCAGCCUUCAGCAAAUGGGUCUGAAUACAGAAAAACAAUCAAUAUAUCAAUUAGAGAUGUUAGGUAGGAAAGUGUGACAGUUUGUGACAAUUUUCUAUUAGAUAAAGACAGUUUUUCAUGUUUUUUAAAGUAAGUUUGAUUCAGUAUUAUAUUUAUUUUUUCCUUCAAUUUCUGAAGUCAUAAUAACAUAGCAGUUUUUCCAAUGCAGUUGUCUGACUAUAAGUGUAAAAAUACUAGUGAAGGCAAUAAACUGGGUUUAGUGUCCAGUUAUAAUCAAUAAUCAAUUGUUGAUCAUUGUUAUCAAUAAU